CUUUCCUCGCUCAAGAUGGCGCUGCUCGCGAUACGUUCGUGGCGCUGGGGAGCUGCGGCGGCUGCUUUCGAAAAGCGCCGGCACACCGCGAUUCUAAUCCGGCCUUUAGUCUCUGUCCGCGACCCAGGUCCGCAGUGGAGGUCACGUCAUCUCGGCGCCUCUGGAACCGUCCGAAUCUCCCAGAUCCCAGAGUCCUUAAGACAUACCACAUGGCAGAGACUGGGGAAAGGCAAUUCAAGACAGUUAUUAGAUGCCACAAGGGCUCUCCAGGCAUGGCCGCUGAUAGAAAGGAGGACAUGUUGGCAUGGUCAUGCAGGAGGAGGACUCCACACUGACCCGAAAGAAGGGUUAAAAGAUGUUGAUACUCGGAAAAUCAUAAAAGCAAUGCUUUCUUAUGUGUGGCCCAAAGACAGGCCAGAUCUACGAGCUAGGGUUGCCAUUUCCCUGGGAUUUUUGGGUGGCGCAAAGGCCAUGAAUAUUGUGGUUCCCUUCAUGUUUAAAUAUGCUGUAGACAGCCUCAACCAGAUGUCAGGAAACAUGCUGAACCUGAGUGAUGCACCAAAUACAGUUGCAGCCAUGGCAACGGCAGUUCUGAUUGGCUAUGGUGUAUCAAGAGCUGGAGCUGCCUUUUUUAAUGAAGUUCGAAAUGCAGUGUUUGGCAAGGUAGCCCAAAAUUCAAUCCGAAGAAUAGCCAAAAAUGUCUUUCUCCAUCUUCAUAACCUGGAUCUGGCUUUCCACCUGAGCAGACAGACAGGAGCUUUAUCAAAGGCUAUUGACAGAGGGACAAGGGGUAUCAGUUUUGUCCUGAGUGCUUUAGUAUUUAAUCUUCUUCCCAUCAUGUUUGAGGUGACUCUUGUCAGUGGUGUUUUGUAUUACAGAUGUGGUGCCCAGUUUGCAUUGGUGACUCUUGGGACACUUGGUGCGUACACAGCAUUCACAGUUGCCGUCACACGGUGGAGAACUAGAUUUAGAAUAGAAAUGAACAAAGCGGAUAAUGAUGCAGGUAAUGCUGCCAUAGACUCGCUGCUGAAUUAUGAAACUGUGAAGUAUUUUAAUAAUGAAAACUAUGAAGCACAAAGAUAUGAUGGAUUUUUGAAGACAUAUGAGACUGCUUCAUUGAAAAGUACCUCUACUCUGGCUAUGCUGAACUUCGGUCAAAGUGCUAUUUUCAGUGUUGGUUUAACAGCUAUAAUGGUGCUUGCCAGUCAGGGAAUUGUGGCAGGUACCCUUACUGUUGGAGAUCUAGUAAUGGUGAAUGGACUGCUUUUUCAGCUUUCAUUACCCCUUAACUUUCUGGGAACUGUAUAUAGAGAAACUAGACAAGCACUCAUAGAUAUGAACACCUUGUUUACUCUACUCAAGGUAGACACCCGAAUUAAAGACAAAGCGAUGGUAUCUCCCCUUCAGAUCACACCACAGACAGCUACGGUGGCCUUUGAUAAUGUGCAUUUUGAAUACAUUGAGGGGCAGAAAGUCCUUAGUGGAAUAUCUUUUGAAGUCCCUGCAGGAAAGAAAGUGGCCAUUGUAGGAGGUAGUGGGUCAGGGAAAAGCACAAUAGUGAGGCUGUUGUUUCGCUUCUACGAGCCUCAAAAGGGUAACAUUUACCUUGCUGGUCAAAAUAUACAAGAUGUGAGUCUGGAAAGCCUUCGGAAGGCAGUGGGAGUGGUACCUCAGGAUGCUGUCCUCUUCCAUAAUACCAUUUACUACAACCUCUUAUAUGGAAACAUCAAUGCUUCACCUGAGGAAGUAUAUGAAGUGGCAAAAUUAGCUGGACUCCAUGAUGCAAUUCUUCGAAUGCCACAUGGAUAUGACACCCAAGUAGGGGAACGAGGGCUCAAGCUUUCAGGAGGAGAAAAGCAAAGAGUAGCAAUUGCAAGAGCCAUUUUGAAGGACCCCCCAGUCAUUCUCUAUGAUGAAGCCACUUCAUCAUUAGAUUCAAUUACUGAAGAGACUAUUCUUGGUGCCAUGAGGGAUGCGGUCAAACACAGAACUUCUAUUUUCAUUGCACACAGAUUAUCAACAGUGGUUGAUGCAGAUGAAAUCAUUGUCUUGGACCAGGGUAAGAUAGCUGAACGUGGUACCCACCAGGGUUUGCUUGCUAACUCUGGCAGUAUCUAUUCAGAAAUGUGGCAUACACAGAGCAGCCGUGUGCAGAACCAUGUUUAUCCCAAAUGGGAUGCAAAGAAAGAAAAUGUGUCCAAAGAGGAGGAAAGGAAGAAACUACAAGAAGAAAUUGUUAACAGUGUGAAGGGCUGUGGAAACUGUUCCUGCUAAGUCACAUGAGACAUUUUUUUCCUUUCUUUUUUUUUUUUUUGACUACACAUUUGCACUGAAGCAGAAUUGUUUUAUUAAAAGAAAAUCAUACAUUCCCAUUUUCUACAAUCCUUCUUUUAGAUAAGAUUUAUUUGAAAGGGGAUUUGAAUUUUACAUCUUUCACAAUCUCUUUAAUGUAUCUAUAUUUAUCCCCAAAUUAUUUUCUUGUUACUGCCUUAGCUGUGCUCAAAGCAUAAUUUUUGUUACUAUUUUGACUUUACUCCAUUUCCAUUUUUGAAGCCUGAUAGCCAUUUGAUAUCCAUAACCAAAUGAAUCAGAUUGGUUUCCAAAUUUUUGUAGUUUUUAAAAACUCCCUUAUGCUGACAAUUUAGAUGGAAAGUGUCUGUUUCUUAAAAUUAAGAAAAAAGAAAGAAAAGAAGACAGUGUAGGUUCAUUGUUUCUCCUCUCCACCCCCCCAUUGAAAUAAUUCAAUGAUAAAUACGUAUACUUACAUUUUUAAAAGUAUUUGCCACUAUAUACCUUUUGGAGGAAAAACCUUAAUUCUCAUGUUGGUAUGUAGAAUGUUCUUCAUCACUAACCAACAUUAUAACUAUUUUCUAGUGGUGGGAAUUUUAUUUUUCCACCAAAAUGAUGUAUUGCUUUUGUUUUGGACCAAAAUUUAUAUAUUUCUUUUUAAAGACUUAAAAACCCUGAUAUAAUUUGAAAGUUGCCAUAUUGGAAGUGAUCUAAAAAGCUUAGGGAGUUAAUUGCCUUUUCUAUUUCCAUCUUAAAUGCACUGUUUUUACUAUCUGAAGUUAUACAAGGAAACAACUAAAUGGGAUGUGUUCAUGCACAUGCUCACACAUAUGUAUAAGGGAACAUCCAAUGCAUUGUUAGUGACCUUUAGGUAAAUAGGAGAGGAUUACGUUAUGUAUACUCUUUAAAUGAUUAGGACUCUAAUCUGUGUUGACACUUCAGAAUUACUUUAUUACAAGUUCUUCCCUUCUUUUUUCAGUAAUUUAAUGAGUUCCUUUAAGCUUGACAUAACGAGGAUGAGCCCAAACAAAAUAAUCAAGUUUUGCCUGCUAGAAAUAAUAAAAUGUUGGUAUGUGUUCA